AUGGCUCAGAAGCUUUAUCCACGAGGAACAGUCAAGCGCAUUGUCAAAGCCCACUCCAAUCGGAGUGUGAGCAAAAAUGCUGACAUCCUGAUAUUCUUAGAUUACAUGCUAUUUAUGCAAGAGUUAAUGCGUGAGGCAUCAAUUCGGUCGCGCAAGUCUGGAGAUAAGAACAUCUCAGCGAACACUGUGCGCAAGGUCACUGAGAAAACACUGCGCAAGUUCCAGGGGUAG